CGAUUUCCAAUGGGUUGCGUCAUUAAGCUGCGACACGACGGACAGCAAAGACGCAAUUUUUAAGAGACUAUUUGUUUACUGUCAUGGCGUCGGUUGAUUUCCGAGACAACCUCCUGGGCAUAUCGUGGGUGGACAGCGGCUGGGUGCCGAUUCUCAAUCCCGGGAAUGUUCUGGACUACUUCUCCGAGAGGAGCAACCCGUUCUAUGACCGAACCUGCAACAACGAGAUUGUGAAGAUGCAGCGGCUCACUUUGGAGCACCUCAAUCAGAUGGUGGGAGUGGAGUACAUUCUUCUUCAUGCUCAGGAACCAAUCCUCUACAUCAUCCGUAAGCAGCAGCGGCAGUCUCCAACACAAGUGAUUCCUUUGGCUGACUACUACAUCAUAGCGGGAGUGGUGUAUCAGGCUCCAGACCUGGGGACGGUUAUCAGCUCCAGAGUGCUUUCUGCAGUCCAUGGAAUCCAGUCGGCUUUCGACGAGGCCAUGUCGUACUGCCGCUAUCACCCCUCCAAAGGAUACUGGUGGCACUUCAAGGAUCAGGAGGAGAGAGAGAAAACAAAGCCUAAAUCCAAGAAGAAAGAGGAGCCCAGUUCUCUGUUUCAGAGGCAUCGCGUUGACACACUACUUCUGGACCUCAGAUCAAAGUUCCCACCAACUUUUUACCAGCCCAAGCCUGGCGACAAACCAAUUCCAGUCGAGGUAAAGAAGGAGCCUGAACCUCCCGCAGAAGCUGUGAAACAAGAGGAGCGGGAGCCGGCCACCAAGUCGUCGGCGCCGGCUCCGCCGAGCAAACCGCCGCCUGAGAAGAGGGCGAGGCUGCAGUAACGGGGAAACGGAGCAACAUUGUAUUCCACUUCCUUAACUGGGAGAACAGCUGCCCUCUGGGAGUCGUUGUGCUUCGCACCCCCACCCCUCCAAAAAAUGCAGCCUUGUCUAAAGUAAAAAUAUAUAUAUAUAUUUUUUUAACUGAACUGACACAAAAGGACGUCCCAUAUCUUCUUUGUAGACGUAGAGGAGGAGCUUAGAGCUGAGUGCGUUUCAGGGCAGCUGGACUGAAAACAUGGCCGACCCGGGUUACGUCAGUAGGAUCUCUAAUGUGGAUUUUUUUGUUUGUUUUGUUUGACGAUACGCAAAGGUCAGCAUUAGUGCCAGCUGACUUUUUAAUGUCGGCACACUUUUUUGUUGUUGUUGUAUUGAUUUCAAAGGACGGUUUCAAAGCCUGCUUUGCAAGAGAUGUCAUUACGUUGACAGUGAAGCAAAAACCAAGGUGCUCACUUCCAGCUGUUUCUAAAAAAAAAUAUCCACCACACUUACUUUAUUUUGUGAUCAAAUUAUUGAGUUGAUGUAUAUAUUUGUUUCUUCAUUUGAUAACUUUUGACGAGUUGUAGUUUCCUAUUACCUUAAACACACCAAAACACUUUACUGCUACCUUGUCAACUGCAUGCUACUCUUUUUCAGACUAAAAGUUGCUUAUGGGUAAAGCAUACAGGGGUUUGAGGAUAAAUGGUUUUCUUGAUGUGCUUAGUAGAACCCUGUUAAGUUUGCUGAUGAAAUGUUCAAAACUGGGUUGGUUUGUAACCACAUCGAUGUUUUACAGCCGUACCAGAAUCAGAAGGGUUCAAUAUGCUUUUAAAUCACAGUGAAAAUGCAGGAUAAAUCCAGAUAAUUGGACAACAUCCUUCCAUCCAAUCUUCGAUUUUGAUUAAUUGUUUUACUCCGACCCGCUCCUCUGGAGAACAUUUUUUUUAUAUUUUUGUGUGACGAGAAAAAUAAACCUUUCAACGAAAA